GCAUGAAGAGCAAACAGAAAUGUCACCUGUGCUGUUGAGCUGUAGAUGGAUAUAUAGAAGAAAUAUUUAUUUGUUUCUAAGAUGAAACAGGAAUUACUGCAGACAAAAACAAACUGGAUGUGAUUAAUCAGACUUCAAUAUGAGGACUCUGUACUUAUCUAUAGGUGUUUUAUUCAUCACAAUAUGUACAUCUUAUGCUCAAGGACUUAUAAAUAUCUGCAAAACAAACUACAUAACUUUGCCAUUUCCUCAAGAGCAAGGCAUUGUGGGAGUGACAAGUGGGACUGGGCCCACUGAAAAUGGUCCUUGUCUUAUACGCAUUAAAGGGUGCUCCAACUGCCACAUCUCAAUACAUAAUAUGAAUAAUUGGUUCCUCCCUUGCUCCACCUUGGCCCCCCGCUCAUUGAAAGAGUGUACACCAGACUGUUCCUACCUGUUUGUGUUCGACAGUUCCUAUCUGAAUGAUUCUGUUAAGUUUUAUCGAGAAAAUGGAUGGCAUUUUAAGUCUGUUUCUAGUGCAGUAUUUGUGGGACUUUGUUCUCAACAAGCCCCGCCUAAUAUAUCCUUACAGUUCAAUGUUAAUGCAAAUAGUGAGAUUUUGACAAAUAGGACUGGACAAAUACGCUCUCCUAACUUUCCAAGUGGCUACAUCCAGAAUGGGGACCAGUACACCUGGAUCAUUAGAAAUCCAGAAUAUUCCAGAAUCCUUGUGAUAUUUGAUGACUGGCAUAUAUCACCAUACAGUGAAGUGUUUUUUGACAAUAGCCUUAGAAGAUUGCCAGUGGACGGUAGUUCGGAUCGCUCGGCAGUUCUGUCAAAGGGCCCAGAAAUGAAGAUCAUUUUUAACACAGGCCAUCAUCUGCUCGAGGACCAAAACAGAUAUCUAGGAUUCAGAUUUACUUACACUUUUUACAGAGAUGGAGAUUCUAUCACUGUCCCAAGAUCAAACUGUGGAAAGUAUGAUUUGCUUGGACAAGGAGGAAUUAUAGAUUUCCAGAUGAUAAACAGCAUUAAAGAUGUUGAAUAUGACUGUGUCUGGGUCAUAAAAAAACAGCCGGAUUUUGACAGGAUGUACAUGAAAAUUAUCAGCUUUCGUACUGACACACUGAUCAGUUAUGCUAAACAGGAAGUGGAGAUUCGAGAUGGAUUGACAUCUGAUAGCCAGCUCAAGGACAAAGUAUUUCCGAACAGGGCAUACCCAAGCUUUAAUGACACAGACAAGGGUUUCUACAUUCGCUACAGAGGGACGCUCAGACCGAUGGACAACCUCAAAAUUGUGUACGCCUCUUAUAGAGAACGAGGACCCACUGACUGUGGCAGAAGGGGGAUGUUUUACUGUAACAAUGGCCGAUGUAUCCCUGCAGAGCUUGAGUGCGAUAGAUAUAACCAUUGUGGGGAUAAUUCUGAUGAACUCAACUCUAAAUGUCUAAGUGGAGGAUCCGGUUAUUCUCGGAGCACUAACUACACAAUGACAGUCAGUGUCAUUGUUCCGCUUGUCAUCUCUGUUUUCCUCCUCGUCAUCUUGUGUGUUCUCUUCUUCCUUAUAAGACGAUGUCAUAUUGCACGAGCACGGGAGAUGGACAGAGAAUCAGGGAUACCCACGAUCAGUGGAGGAAUAAGUAAUAGAAGAGGUCGUAGAGGUAGACAGGCUCAGAGACCUGUGGAUUUCCCUCCCACCUAUGAGGAGGCACUGGAAAGUCCCCCCUAUGAAGAACCUCCACUGGAAUAUGAAAAUGGGGUACUUAAACCACCCACAUACAAUGAGGCUGUAGGACAGACAGUGGAGGCCCCACAAGAAGAAUACAUUGAAGAGGACUACCCACCACCAGAAUUUAGCACUAUAGAACGUCAGCAGCCAAACUUUGAAGCCCAAACAUCAACCUCACCUCCUGCAGAGAGUGGUGAAAUUAGACCCGUUAAUCAUACAUACAGUAUGUCUUACAGCUCCGAAUCAUCCACUGACCUACCUCUGAACCGAUCUGUCCCAAAAGUUCAUAGUUCCUCUUACAGUGAGGUGCCUAAUCGAGGGUCCAGAACCUCAAACAGGGAGAGGAGUGAGCAUGAGUAUACAGAAAGGGUCCCCAGCAGAUCAAAAGAUGGAAGGCAAAUUGAAGGAAGAAGCUUUCAUCCUCAAAGACAAAAAAGUGAUAAUGAUGUGAGAGAAAAUUCAGAGAGAAAACCAUAUGACCAUCAAUCAGACCGAAUACAGUAUAGAAAAGAAACAUCUUUGCACAUGCAAGGACUAGAGCCUGGGAGAAAGGGAGACAUAAGUUCCACUGCAAGAGGGAAUUUUUCAGGCAGUCCAUCAAGACAGAAACCUAACCAAUAUUUAGAUUCUUCCAAAAAUCAACCCAAUUUCAAGGAAGAGAAAUAUCACAAAAACGAAGAUUUGAGGGAAAGAAAGCAAACAAAAUUGAAAGAGGAUCGGAAAAAUAGAGCAUCUGACAGCAGCUCCAAGGGUUUGCUUUUUAGCGAGGAUCACUUUACAGAUAGAGAGCAUAGGGGCGUACUAAAUCAAGGUUUUAAAGAUUCUGAUGAUCGAUCAAAAGAUUCACCACCCAGGACAAAUUCAGCCAGCCUUUCCAAUUUGCAUCCUAUAGAGAGAUGGACAGAGGACAGACGAGGAAUGGCUACCUCAUUACAGCAUCUACCCACUACACAGUGUGUUGCCUCAAGGAGUAGCCUCACUCUGGGAAAUUCAGACCAUCCAACUGGAGGAAUGGCAAGUAGUCAAUCAAACACAAGGCAGGAAGAUGGAAUAAGCAAGCCAUGCCCCCUGGAAAAGGACCGCCCCAUAUCCCUCUCUGUUGGAAAUCUACCCAUUCAUUCUCAUUUGAAUCCAGGGGAAACCGGGAAUCAAAGAUUACCAGAUAAUUCAUACAGAAGGUCACUUGGAGACCUGAACCAACACCUGAACAAUCAAAUUAGCAGACGACAAACUCAAUCUCAUGCUGACUUGUCUAAUAUUCAGGAAGAAAGACACAUUUCUUUGGCCUGUGACAGUGAAGAUGUUUUUGUCUGAAUAUUCACCUCAUAAAUCUACACGUUAUACUUUUAUUUUGAAGCAUGUAUUACAAACAGAUGUAUUUUGAAUUCAUUUCAUGUACUUGUACAAUAUAUAUAUAUCUAAGAACCUUCAGGUUUUAUAUAAAAUUUUCAAAUUAAUUAUGCUAGUGUUGUCAAAUCAGAUGAGUUUUAGUAACUCGUUACUUACUUACUUUUCCAACUAAGCAUUGGAUUUCUUGGAUGAUUUUUCAUUACAUUUCUUAACAUCCUUGCUGGCAAUAGAUAUUCAAUAGAACCAUAAGAAAUAUAACAUUUUUACAAUUUACAACACUAAAAUACAUAUAUAUAUUUAUAUGUAUACACAGGUAUUUCUAUUUGAAAUCCAUAUCAUAAUGUAUGAAAUAGUCAGAGAAACUUACAGGUGUGCUAUUAAUUUGAUGUUUUGUACAUACAUGUAUUAGAAUGUGCAGAAUUAAUGUAAAUUCAUAAACAUUUGUUUUUGUGUAAUUAAAUCAGGAAUAUCCUAAAUGCUUUAUCUAAAUGUUACAACGUGUACACCUCUUCAUCAAUAAAGAAUAGUGCCAUGGCAUGUGUACAUUAAUUGUAUAAGAAAUAUUUUCAACAAACCAAAAAUAUCAUUAUUUAAUAGCAUUAUUU